GGCGCGCAUGCCCCGGCGCAGUUCAGCAGCUCCUCGACUCCGCACAACUCGCGGGGCGUCUUGCGAGCCGAAGGAGCAGCGUGGCCAAUGGCGAGCAGCGGGGUUAUCAAAUGUAGGGCAGCCGUUGCCUGGGAGGCAGGAAAACCAUUGUCCAUCGAAGAAGUGGAAGUUGCACCACCAAAAGCUCAUGAAGUCCGUAUCAAGAUUAUUGCCACUGCAGUGUGUCACACUGAUGCUUAUACAUUGAGUGGUGCUGAUCCUGAAGGGAGUUUUCCUGUCAUCCUGGGUCAUGAGGGAGCAGGAAUUGUGGAGAGUGUUGGGGAAGGAGUGACUAAAUUUAAACCAGGAGACACAGUUAUCCCUCUGUAUAUUCCUCAGUGUGGUGAAUGCAAGUUUUGUUUAAACCCUAAAACAAAUCUCUGCCAGAAAAUAAGAGUCACCCAAGGGAAAGGGGUGAUGCCUGAUGGGACCAGUAGAUUCACAUGCAGAGGAAAGCAAGUUCUUCACUUUAUGGGAACGAGCACCUUCUCAGAAUACACAGUUGUGGCAGAUAUUUCUUUGGCUAAAAUAAAUGCUUCAGCUCCCUUGGACAAAGUCUGCCUGCUGGGUUGUGGAAUUUCUACUGGCUAUGGAGCUGCCUUGAACACAGCCAAGGUGGAACCUGGCUCUACUUGUGCCAUCUUUGGCUUAGGUGGAGUUGGACUAGCAGCAAUCAUGGGCUGCAAGGUGGCAGGGGCAUCCCGAAUCAUAGGGAUUGACCUCAACAAAGGCAAAUUUGCAAAAGCAAAAGAAUUUGGGGCUACAGAAUGCAUCAGCCCUGAGGACUUCAAGAAACCUAUUCAGGAGGCCCUGGCUGAAUUGACAGAUGGGGGAGUAGAUUACUCAUUUGAAUGCAUCGGUAAUGUUGGUGUCAUGAGAGCAGCCUUGGAAGCCUGUCACAAGGGCUGGGGUGUGAGUGUGAUAGUUGGGGUUGCUGCUGCUGGCCAGGAAAUUGCCACCCGUCCAUUCCAGCUGGUCACUGGACGAACUUGGAAAGGGACUGCCUUUGGAGGGUGGAAAAGUGUGGAAAGUGUACCAAAGCUGGUAGAUGAAUACAUGUCCAAAAAGAUAAAAGUGGAUGAAUUUGUGACACACACUCUACCUUUCGAGAAAAUCAAUGAGGCAUUUGAACUCAUGCAUGCUGGAAAGUGUAUCCGAAGUGUCUUAAAGCUUUAAGAAGAUUGAAGAACAAACUCUUGCCACUGUACCAGUAAAUCAGUGCAUAAUUUUUCCACAUGCACUCAGUAGGAGAAUAGUGUCUAAGGAAAGCUUUAGUUAGAAUCAAGUUGGAAAAUGCACCUGCUCUGACAGUGUAGAAAUAAAGUGCUGAUCUCACUCUGUAACACUGCUGCUGAUUUAAAAAAGACCUACUCUUUGCCUUACAGUGCCAGGAAAUGCCAGGUAUUUCUAAUUGUAGAUUAAACUUACAUAAAAUCAAUGGAUCUUUUUCUCCCUAAAAUUCAUGCUGGAAAGUAACAACAAAAAGCUGCCUAGCAGAAGAUCAUCAUUAAAGCCUUUUUUGUAUGUAGAAUUGUA